ACUAUGGCUGGGUUCAAGAUAUUCGUAUCUGAUACAAAAGACUGGUGGGGCGGCCAUAAUUGUUUUCAUCAUAGCGACUUAACAGCGCCCUCUAGCGUCAUGGAUGUCACCUGUCCUGUUCACGGUCGUUACGUCACAUUUUACAAUGAACGAAACGCCACUGACGUCUACCCCCUAAUCUACUCCAAGUUUGCUUACAUUCAGCUUUGUGAACUGGAGGUCCUAGGUUGUUCUGUGGGCAUCUACGGGAAGGACUGUGAAAAGAAAUGUCCACAAAAUUGUAAACAAGGACGAUGCAACAUCGAGGACGGACACUGUUUUGACUGUGAAGAUGGCUUUACGGGGCAGCGUUGUGAUGCUGAGUGUGUCAAGGGGAAGUUUGGAAAAGCAUGCAGCAAUGAGUGUGGAAACUGUCUUAACGAGGUGGCCUGCAAUUUUAUCAAUGGCGCAUGCGCAGAGGGCUGUGCUCCUGGCUGGAAGGGAUAUUACUGCAACGAAACAUGUAGUGCUGGCUUUUAUGGAUUAAGGUGCAAUACCACAUGUAGCUCUCAUUGCACUGACCCGUCAUCAUGUGAUCACGUGACCGGAAGCUGUAAGGCAGAUUGUCAGGACGGAUGGCAGGGAGAUAAUUGUUACAUCAGUAAGUCAAGAUCUACCGACAAAAGCAACAACAAUUAA